AUGCGUUCUGCAUUCCGGGAAUCCAUAAAGGCUACAACAGCUGAACUGAUUUACGGAACUGCCUUGAAGUUGCCGGGAGAAUUUCUAAUGCCAACACCAAAGGAUUUCAAUGCCAGUGAAUUUGUGCAGCGCCUGAAAGAAAACAUGGCAAAAUUGUCCCCUUUACCCACCAAGAAUCAUGACACCAAGAGCCGAACAUUCAUCUCGACCGACCUCAAAUCGUGCAAGCAAGUUUUCAUCCGACACGAUGCUGUUCAACCGCCACUUAAGCCAGCUUACGAUGGACCUUUCGAGGUACUUGAAAGAACAGACAAAGUAUACAAAGUUCAAGUCGGCAAUAAAUCCAAGUUUGUGACCAUAGACAGACUAAAGUCAGCCUACAUCUUGAACAUUCCAGAGUCAGAACCAGAGCCUGUGAUCAACCAUCCAAGCCCACCUCCGGAAAUUACUGAGCCAACAACAACUAAUGUUGAACAUGCAGAGGACAAGGCUAAGCAUACACGAUCGGGACGUAAA